UCAGAUUGGUUUAGUUAUGACCGGGGCCGAAGAAAUAAGUUGCGAGAAAUUCUUCGGAGGGUUGCAGAAAAAGUAUACCGUGUUCAGCAAAGAGCUGUCCUUGAAAACUGAGAUAAAUUUUUACUUGCCACCUAAAGCAGUUGCAGGCGGAAAAUGCCCAGUCAUAUACUACAUAAGCGGAAUGACAUGCGAUGUCGAUAUUCAUGUGCAGAGGGCGGGAUACCAGAGAUAUGCUUCGGAACUGAAUCUAAUCAUAGUCAGUCCCGAUACGAGUCCAAGAGGGGCGGGAGUGGAUGGAGAGGAGGGCGAGAGGAAUCUGGGAACGGGCGCUGGGUUUUACUUGGACGCCACUGAAGAGAAGUGGAAGAAACACUACAGAAUGUAUUCAUACGUUGUCGAGGAGUUGCCCGAGAUAGUGAAAGCGGCUAUUCCACAGGCUGACCUCGACAAAGUAGGCAUCAUUGGACACAGUAUGGGAGGCCAUGGAGCACUCUCUAUUUAUUUGAAAAACCCCGACAAAUACAAAAGUUGUUCAGUACUAGCUCCAAUAUUGAACCCAAUCAACUCCCCACUUUGUCAGAAGCCAUUCACGAGCUACCUUGGAUCCGACAAAAGCACAUGGGGACAAUACGACUGCUCGGAGAUUCUGAAAAACAUCUCUGAAGAAUCUUUUAAAUUGCUGCGGCCGAUUCUGAUUGAUAUGGGAACUAUGGACAAAUAUUUGAUUGGUGGUGAAUUGUUGCCUGAGCCAUUCUUAGAAAUAGCAAAGAAAAGAGGCCUGGAUUUGAAUUAUAGAAUGCAGGAUGGUUAUUACCAUGCGUAUGGACUUGUGAGCACUUUCAUGGGAGAACACUUGGAGCAUCAUGCAAACCUACUGAGUUCAAUAUAAUCAUGAGCAUCUGCUAGUCUGAAAACUAUAUUAAUGUACAUUUGUUGCAUAUCUGAUUCAUUUUGAUUAUUUCAUGCUGUCAUACAAAUCAGUUAAU